CGGACAGAACUUAGGCGAAUAUCAGCGAAGUCGAUUGUGGUCGUGUGGCUGUGAUUAAUGCGUGAUUAACGUGUUGUAAAAUUUCGUGUUUGUAUAUAAUAACAUAAUAAUACGUAAUAAUAUUACGUAACUUAUAACGAGAGAUGAUGCGACGUGAAUAAUAAUAACAAAUGAUAAGAAAAUAAUAGUUAAUCUGUGACAGUUCAAUAUAUACUGUAAAUCAUGUUUUCUUUAAAUCGGAUGUAUUCCACGCCAAGAGCCUAUUUAACUUGCAUGCCGUACGGCGAUUCAAUUUUUCCCAGAAGAUUCAAUCAUCGACAUACGUCUAAGCGCACUUCGAAGUUGUAUCAGACGCUGGGUGUCACGGAAGACUGCGAAGACGAAGCCUUGAGAUUAGCAUUUGUUUACCUCGCUAAGCGAUUUCACCCGGACAGCGGGACAUCGGAAGCCGAUACUGUUAGAUUUUCUGAGAUUGAAAGCGCGUAUAGGGAAAUUCGGAAGAUUAGGAACGCGCAGAGUGACAAGCAGGUGUUGCCAGAGGUGGAAGAAUUUGACAUCAAGCACACAGCACCUCAACAUCGUCACUACUUGACUUUUGAUGUGGGGAUCGGCACGCCGAGCAAAAGACAGAGGCUGCACACGAUACAGAGGGCUCAGAAGGCGGUCGACAACGUGAUGGAGCACAGACUGAAGAAGCUGCAAGCUGAGGAACGGAACACAUUGGUCGGCAUGGAUAAGCAGAGGGCCAAAGAUAUUAAAACUCGUUACGGCAUGGAUCGUUUGGUGGAGGACUUGAUUCAAGAGGCGAUGAGCAGGGGUGAAUUCAGAGACCUACCUGGAAUGGGGAAACCAUUGACUACCACAAGCGCCAGGAAUCCUUACGUUGAUUUUGUCACUCAUAAGUUAAAUCAGAUAUUGAUAGACAAUGGAUUUACUCCGGAGUGGAUACAGCUGUCGAAAGAAAUCAGGGAAGAGACGGAGGAGUUGAGGAAGAAAUUGUCGGAAGUGCGUAAUAAUGUAGGCGAGCUUCCGUUAACAGCAAGAGAUGCGUCUGUGUGGAAAGAUCAUCUGGAGAAAUUACAAGUCUCGACUAAACAGAUAAAUAACAAGAUCGAUAAGUACAACUUGUUAGUUCCUAUACUCCAGAAACAGAUGCUUCACGUUCGAUUGGACGAGUUCGCUGAGAAAGCGUUAUCGGUGCCACCUCUUAAAAGUAUCAAGAAAUAUGCAGAAGUUAAUCGCAAAAGCCCCAAUGAGAAUGUUCCUCAAGAUCUCUUUAAUUUCAUCAGUGAUCUGUUUAGUAGGAAAAUUACGUAGAAAGUAAUCUUGCAAUGUGAUAUUAGCGAUUCGUGUAUCGCGAGAACCUAUUUGUAUGUACAAAAAAAUAUAUAUAUCAAUAUAUUAAAGAA